AUGGCCGCCUCUACUCCCCUGGACCCCUUCCUUCGCGGAAGUACCGGCAAAAACACCAGGGGUAUGCUACGAAUCAUCAUUCUAUGCACGAUUGCCGCAGCAGCAGUGUCGGCCCGCCUGUUCAGCGUGAUUCGUUUCGAGAGUAUAAUACAUGAAUUUGAUCCCUGGUUCAAUUUUCGAGCAACAAAAUACCUCGUCAAGAAUGGCUUCUACAGCUUUUGGGACUGGUUUGAUGACAGGACAUGGCACCCCCUUGGUCGAGUUACAGGUGGAACACUCUAUCCUGGUCUCAUGGUCACUUCCGGCGUGAUAUACCACAUUUUGCGCCUCCUAUCUCUGCCCGUCGAUAUUCGCAAUAUCUGCGUUCUGCUCGCACCCGGCUUCUCAGGUCUCACUGCUCUCGCCAUGUACCUGUUGACCACUGAAAUGUCCUCCUCACCUUCCGCGGGCUUGUUGGCUGCCAUUUUUAUGGGCAUAAGCCCGGGCUAUAUCUCAAGAUCUGUUGCGGGCAGCUAUGACAACGAGGCUAUUGCCAUCUUUCUCCUUGUCUUCACGUUUUUCCUGUGGAUUAAGGCAGUCAAGAAUGGUUCUAUCAUGUGGGGAGCACUGGCUGCUCUGUUCUACGGAUACAUGGUAUCAGCAUGGGGAGGUUAUGUCUUCAUUACUAACCUCAUCCCCCUCCAUGCUUUCACGCUCAUCCUCAUGGGUCGUUAUAGUUCGAGACUCUACAUCAGCUACACCACCUGGUAUGCCUUGGGAACGCUGGCAAGCAUGCAAGUUCCUUUCGUCGGCUUCCUCCCAGUCAGGAGCAGCGAUCAUAUGGCAGCACUUGGUGUAUUCGGCCUGCUUCAACUCGUCGGAUUCUUCAAUUUUCUGAGGGAACAACUCCCUGGGAGGCAGUUCCAGACAUUGCUUGUCGCCCUCGGUGGAGCGAUCGUUGCCGUCAUGUUCCUGGGGCUCGUUCUCCUGACCGUCUCUGGUACUAUUGCACCGUGGAGCGGUCGAUUCUACUCACUCUGGGAUACUGGCUAUGCUAAGAUACAUAUUCCCAUCAUCGCAUCAGUCUCCGAGCAUCAACCAACUGCGUGGCCAGCAUUCUUCUUUGAUCUCAACCUGCUCAUCUGGCUGUUUCCCGCAGGCGUCUAUUUGUGCUUCCGGAACUUGAGAGAUGAGCACGUCUUCGUCGUGCUCUAUGCCGUCUUGGCCAGCUACUUUGCCGGUGUCAUGGUUCGCCUGAUGCUCACAUUAACGCCGGUGGUGUGCUGCACCGCCGGUCUGGCUCUCUCAUAUAUUCUCGACACCUACCUCUACGCCCAAACGCCCGUGGACGAAUCUGGCUCUGGUGAUACGAAUGGAUCAGUCAAAACAUCCAAGAUCAGCGCAAAUCCGGCUUUGCGCUCAACCAGGAACCCCGUUGUUGGCAUCUAUUCUCUAGUCUCAAAGUCGCUAAUCACUUCGCUGGUGACCGGGUUCCUGCUCCUGUUCGUUGCCCAUUGUACUUGGGUUACGUCCAAUGCAUACUCAUCGCCAUCUGUGGUACUUGCGUCUCGUCUCCCCGAUGGCUCGCAGCACAUCAUCGAUGACUAUCGCGAAGCUUAUUACUGGUUGAGACAAAACACACCAUACAAUGCAAAGGUCAUGUCCUGGUGGGACUAUGGCUAUCAGAUCGGAGGUAUGGCAGACCGUCCGACCCUUGUGGAUAACAACACCUGGAACAACACGCACAUUGCCACUGUGGGCAAGGCAAUGAGCUCAAGGGAAGAAAUUAGCUAUCCAAUCCUCCGACAACACGACGUGGAUUAUGUGUUGGUCGUCUUCGGCGGACUCCUGGGAUACAGUGGCGACGAUAUCAACAAAUUCCUGUGGAUGGUCAGAAUCGCGGAAGGCAUCUGGCCCGAUGAAGUCCGAGAACGAGACUUUUUCACUGCCCGGGGCGAGUAUAGAGUGGAUGACCAAGCGACGCCGGCCAUGAAGAACUCGCUGAUGUACAAGAUGUCCUAUUACAACUACAACCAGCUCUUCCCUGCCGGCCAGGCUCAGGACCGAGUCCGAGGCUCGUCUCUCCCAGCCCAAGGCCCCGAACUUAGCACCCUAGAGGAAGCGUUCACCAGCGAAAACUGGAUCAUCCGCAUUUACAAGGUCAAAGAUCUCGACAAUAUCGGCCGAGAUCACCAGAGCGCUCUUGCAUUUGACAAGGGCCACAAGAAGAAGAGAAAGGCAAGCGGCAAAAAGGCCAUGAGGGUCUUGAGAGAAGACUGA